AUGGUUCGUUUCGCUUUCGGCAAUGCUUGGAAAUCUCUACGAUAUCAGCACCCGACCCUGGGUUCUUGGUUGUGCGAAUAUGAAUCUCAGGCCAUACCCACUUGGAAAAGAAGAUACGACCCUUUCUUAACACCUGAGCACGUCAGCGAAUGGGUCCAAGAGACUUUUCAAAAGUUCCCUGCCUUCGAUGAGACUCCGCAUUCGUGGUUCUACGGCCAAACAGAAUACGGCCCAUCUGCGCCGGGUCCUCACUACAUACCGACUCUCAUCCUCGUCAAGUCCACGUCCAAGUCCGAGUUGGACUAUCACACUAUAUUCCUUCGAUGCCCUCAUGACAUGAUCGACAGUGUUGGGAUUUUCAUCCUGCUCGAACAGCUCUUUACCAAAGCAGAAGAAAUCUACAAGACAGGCCAAGAGUUCAACUACCCUCUUCCUGACGACGACAGCUACCUCUCAAGACGACUGUCGCCCUCCCUCCGUGUGAUAGCGAAUGUUCCAGAAUCGCUAUCCCUGAAACAUUCGCUAUUCGCAGACUUACAAAGCUACUUCAACAAGCAUAACGAGUCUUUCGUUGGGGCCCUUACCCUGAAUGCGGUCUACGUGGGCGGCGACCACAUCAAACGGAUCGCAGUUACAGCUGAUAAAGGGGUAUCUGGCCAGGUCCUCAAAGGAAUCUCCAAUCAGGCCGGCAUCCGAGGUUCUCAUCUGUAUACAGCAGCCUUGGCAGUAGCCCUUGGCGACAACCAAAUCCGGUUCAAUGAACGUCGCGUCGCUCACUUCUUUCACCGCCCCAUGAUCAAUCUUCGUUCUAGCUUCCCCCCCGACCGUCCAGCCUCUGAUCAUCCAGUCGGUUUAUACUCUGUCCUUGGAACGGUUCUAAAGCUAAGCCUUAGGGUUCCGGGGCUAAGGGAAAGUCUAAGGAGUUAUCUAAACGACGUCAUAGCGCUAGCCACCCGUGUCCAACAGCACGAAACAACAACGGAAAAGGAAGUACAACAGUUGAAAGAGAAACUGCUAGGCAUAAUUCCCGAAGCGAUGGUCGCCCCGUGGAACUUUCAGGCUCAGGAGCUUUCACCCGACUUCAAUGCAUCCCAAGAGACAGAAUCUCCGGUCGGACCCGUUUCUUUCUAUAAUGUUGGUUGUAUCGAGUCGAACUUUCGUACGGAUAAGGACUUCUUCGACAUCCCAACUGUAUGGGGCGCGAGUCAGCCUAUCAGAGCCGGGAUAGAUAUACAUCUCUCGAUUUACAAGGGCGAAAUUGAACUAUCGGCUGUGUACAACACUCGCUUCCAUGAUGAGGCAAUCGUGGAGGCCUUCUUGCAGGGGAUUCAUAGGCACGUAUUCAGAGGGCUACGGUUGGGGGAAGGCCUGGACCUGAGGAUAACCAGAUAG